AUGGAUUCAGAUGUCCACAGAGAGUUAAAAGUUCCAAAUUGUUCUCAGUGUAAGGGGGACGUAGAAUUCUAUUGUAAAACAUGUAAAGAAGAUCUCUGUGUUCUUUGUAAGGAGAAACAUAUGAUAGACCUUGAUUCCAAAUACCACGAGGUAGUGAUUGACCGUUUAAAAUAUGGGGACUUCAGGAUACCAAAUUCUUGUGAGAAGCACCAAAACAAAUAUGUAAACAAAUGGUGUUUCUCAUGUAAUCUUCCAAUCUGUGAUGAGUGUUAUGAGCACCGAAACCAUGACAAUUUGGAUAUUGUCUCAGCUUAUAAAAUGUGCAGACACCAACACAUAGACAGGAUAGCUCACAUAAGAACUGAUAUUAUCUUCAAUAAUCUUGCUCUUCUUCAACAAAUUAAAUGCGAUGUAAAAAUCAGCAAGGACAUUUGUCAAUCCUUGUUAUCUGGUCUCCAGCAAAGCAUGACAACAAGAACAAUGAAACUGAAGAAUCUGGCUGGUGUAGUAAUAAAUGAUAUCAAUGAAUUAAAACAAUUAAAACGGUCACUUACAUCUAAAUUGAAAGAACCAAAAAGAAAAAUUACGAACACAGAAAUAUUUAUAUAUAAGUUAGAAACAGUGUUAGACAAGCCUAUACAUUUCCUUAUGUUUCUAAAGAAAACCCCUUUCCCAAGAUUAACGAGCAUGCUUGACACAUUUCCAUUCUCCUUGAACUGUAAAAUCAACCGAAUGGAUGUGAUUAAGUUACUAGGAGAAAUCCAAAUCACAGAGUCAAAAAAUCGUCAUGUCAGAAAUGAACAGCUUCUUGAACCAAUGUGUGUACCUGUGUUACGGAGGUCUUUCACAGUGAUGGGUGAUACUGAGAUUCGCCACAUUUCCUGUGUGACAACAGACAUGGUAUGGAUCAAUGAUCAAUAUGGACGUAUUAUCUUGACAAACGCAAAUGGUGAACAUCUACAUAUUUUUAAAGAUACAAAUAGUUAUACUGGAGGACACUCCAUGACUCCUGAAGGGAAUCUGAUUUACAUAGACAGAUUUAAUAACGUCAACCAAUUGUCAACAGACAACAUAAUUACACUCAUAAAGAUAACAGAACCGUGGAAAGCAAAGUGUGUGUACUGUUCUCCCACUAAUGGAGAUCUUUUGGUCGGGAUGAAUGUCUACUAUUUUGAUCAAAAUAAAAUGUUUAUAGAGGCCAAAGUUAUGCGAUAUAACAGUGCAAAACAACAAAUUCAGUUCAUUGAAAACUGUAACACUCGUCAGAAACUGUAUAUAUUUCCUAAAUACAUCACAGAGAACCACAAUGGAGAUGUUAUUGUUUCUGACUUGAACCAUGGUAUAGUAGUAACAGAUCGUGAAGGGAAACAUCGCUUCUUCUACACAGGACCUUCUUCAGGACCACGACUAUCACCACGAGGAGUGUGUGUAGAUGCACUUUCGAACAUCCUGGUGUGUGAUAUUAAAAGUAAAACAAUUCAAAUGAUUGACAAAGACGGUCACUUUUUAUCACUGUUGUUCACCAAUCAAAACAAAAUCAAUGUAUCAGGAGGUCUGGAUUAUGACCACAGAAAUCACCUUCUUUUAGUUGGAACAAAGGAUCAUAACAGCAGAGUGGAUGUCUACAGAUACAUAAAGAGAAAAGACUAUUUCACACACGAUCAACAUGACUAG